CGAAACCCCCGAAGAAGAAACGUGCCAUCAUAAUCACCGGUGAGGCUAAAAGGAAUACACAGUGAAUGGCUUCUAAAUAGCCUGAAAUGCGAGAUGAGCCGAUGAAGCUGCCGCGGACGGCGCGUUUAUUCUCCCAUGUGACCUCAGCAAGGCCUGGACGGUAGAGGGAGAAGAAGGGGACAAAAGAUGUCGGACGCUGGAGGCGCUGACAGUUCCGGGCAGCUGAAUACGUUUGAGAAACUGUCAGGCAGGCCGCCGCACGGAGCACAUUUAGCAGGUCCACGGACUCCCCCCGCCCGCAGCGGCCACCGCUGCGUCGCUGACAACUCCAACCUGUAUGUGUUUGGGGGUUACAACCCGGACUAUGACGAGUCGGGAGGCUCAGAAAACGAAGACUACCCACUAUUCAGGGAGCUUUGGCGGUACCAUUUCGCCACGGGCUGCUGGCAGCAGAUUCGAACGGAGGGGUACAUGCCCACAGAGCUGGCAUCUAUGUCAGCUGUUCUGCACGGCAACAACCUCCUGGUGUUCGGCGGCACCGGGAUCCCCUUCGGGGAAAACAACGGCAACGACGUUCACGUUUGUAACGUGAAGUACAAGCGAUGGUCGCUGCUCAACUGUCGAGGGAAGAAGCCAAACCGAAUAUACGGACAGGCCAUGGUCAUUAUAAAUGGCUUCCUGUAUGUGUUUGGCGGCACGACGGGUUACAUCUACAGCACAGACCUGCACAGGCUGGACCUGACCACCAGGGAGUGGAUCCACCUCAAACCCAACAACCCGCCCGACGACCUGCCGGAGGAAAGAUACAGGCAUGAAAUAGCACACGAUGGACAGAGGAUUUAUAUUCUGGGAGGUGGAACUUCCUGGACAUCAUAUCCUCUGGAUAAGAUGCAUGCUUACAAUCUGGAGACAAACUCGUGGGAAGAAAUCACGACCAAACCUCAUGAGAAAAUAGGAUACCCCGCCCCUCGACGUUGCCAUAGCUGUGUACAAAUACGUAACGAUGUAUUUAUCUGUGGCGGCUACAACGGGGAGCUGAUACUAGCUGAUCUGUGGAAGCUGAACCUGCAAACGUUCCAGUGGAGCAAACUACCAGCAGAGAUGCCCGAGCCGGCCUACUUCCACUGUGCCGCUGUAACUCCAGCCGGCUGCAUGUACAUCCACGGUGGCGUAGUGAACAUCCACGAGAACAAGAGAACUGGCUCCCUGUUCAAGAUCUGGCUGACUGUGCCCAGCCUGCUGGAGCUGUGCUGGGAGAAGCUCCUCAAGGCCUUCCCCCACCUGACUUCUCUCCCCACCUUUCACCUGCAUAACCUGGGCCUCACAGAGGAGCUCGUAGAACGUGUGAAAUAGGUCCAGGGGGGGGGGAAACGGAAGAAGACUCCCAGCAGGAUUCUGGAUGAUGCCUGAUGUAGCCCCGCCUUAAAACCAAAAACAAUGGGAUGCCUUUCUUAUGUUCACUUUUUUUUUUGCCUGUUUUUUUGUAGAUAUGAGGAUGAGCGUAAAUAUUUUUGGAAUGUUUUAUGGAUUUUACUCAAAUCCCUGUGCCAUCACUGGAUCUUUCCAGCGUUUCGAUUCUGGGCAUCAUCUUCCAACAAACUGACAAAAAAAAAAAAAAACUAAACUAUUUUGCCAUGUGAAAGUCACACUAUUUACUCAUUCUGCAAAUCGUACAGAUAUUUUAUAAAUACAGAACAAGGGAAUAAUGUAUAUUUAUUUAAUGGACUUGUUCCCAUUUUCUGGCUCUUUCCCCCUCCCUCUUAUGAACUGAUGUUGCUGUUUGCACACACAUGUUCUUGUUGGUAUUUUUCCUUAUUUAAUAGAUUCUUUACACAUCAGUGGCUGGAUGUUUCCGUCUAAAGAGGUUGCAACGCUUUGGUUUGCCAAUUUAACAGUUUUACUGAUGCCAUACUGCUUUUGACCCCUCUCUGCUGAGAGCCGUCAGAUGAAGUAACAGUCAUGAAAGCUUCUGCUCUCUGGUUAUUAUCCUGCCAGUUGCGUGGAUGGGCAAACAAACGUUUCUCUCGCCUUGAAAAUGUGAUAAAGUGUUUUAGAUUUGUGGUCAGUUGCCUAAAACCUGUGGAGACACUGUUCAUCGCCAUGACAAGAACAUUUAUACCUUGAUUUGUGCCGUUUCAUUGUUAUUUGACAGGUUAAUUAUCCUCAAAGUAAAAAAUGAAAGAGUAUUGACAGUUAUUUCCCCAAUAGUGUCCAUUUCUAGCUUUAUUUGUAAACCACACCACAUGUCACUGUGAAUUGGGUGCUCUUUAAAUAUUAAGCUUUUAGUCCAAUAAAUUAUUCUUUUACUUCCCCAUUGUUGGAGACUUUGGCUUUGCUUCUGUAGCACAUUUAUCCCGCAGUGCCUUUUUUCAAAUAUACAGUCCACAAAUGGAAGAUUUGAGCCUGCAUCUCAGCCCAUUUAUGCCAGGCAGUGCAUACGAGUACAGAUUUUUAAAACAUCUUUCCCCUUUGAUAACCAGGUCAGCGACUCUUGAUCAGCUGCAGCAUGUUGCCAUAAUAGCAUUCAGACUUCUCCUUUAUUUGAACGAUGCCAAAUAUCGUUUCGCCUUUCAAAAAGAUCUAGCUUUUUUUUUUUUCUGACCACUACAGCUGCAUGAAUCCUUAUUCAAAUUUCUUUAAUGCAUGAUGCCUGCUUUUUAAAUCUUUACUUGCAAAGAUGCUGUACAGGAUUCCUAUUAUUAAAAAUGUUGUACAGUUGGUUUUUAUGAACAUUGUUAGUUGUCAAUAAAAGUAUUGUCCAAAUAG